UUGUAAUUUGUCAAAUUGAAUAUCUAUGUGUUUGAAAUUUAAUUAGCAUCGAUAAAUCAAUGUGUGUGUGUGUGUGUGUUUGUCAAUUAACAUUAUCACCUUAGACCAUUUAACCAUCAUCUUGGACAAGAAAACUAUUACUCAAAUAAAAUUCAAUGGUUUUUUUUGACACUGUAUGUUUUAAAUGCCACAGAAUUAGUGAAUGGACCCCAUAUUUUUAAACAUAUGCGUUGCAUUUGUUUUUUUUUAUCGAUAAUCAAAAUCGAUUCGAGAAACUAUUUAAAAGUGGUUAAAAAGUUUUGUUCAUGAUCUUAACCUUCACGAGCCUAUUUUUUAAGAUAAUUUCCGUGAAAGUUUGAAAAAUCAUUCCAUAUUGAUUUAAUAUUUAUUCGUGAGAUGAUCUUAACACCAGGUAGUGAACAACAUCAAUCGGGAAACAAUGAUUCAAUUCCGUUUGUUUUAUAUUGGCCUGAUUUUGUUCAGUUGCAUUCUUAUGGGAAUCCGGUCCGAUCUUGGUCGACGAAUAAACGCACAAGAUGAUUUAUCCAUAUUCAUUGCCAAUAAUCUCGAUGAUUAUUGGCAAAAUAUUACCAUGUUAUUACAAAGUCAUUUAGAAGAAAGUAAUUUGGCCACCAUAGAUCGAUUCAAAAAAAUUGUUCGUCGCGAUAAUCUACAGAAUAAGAUCAAAUCUGAAUGUUUGAACAUUGUGGAAUACAUGAUUGGUCAUCCGGUAGAUCAUGAAUGGACGGCUAAAAUGAUCGAUUCUGGUGUUUUAAAUCGACCUAUUGGUAUUCUUUCUGGGACAACAACCGAAUUGGGUGAUUUUGAUCAAUGUCUAUCUAUACGAAGUGAAUUCCAACAACAGGAAUUUGUGGGUAAAUAUUGUUUGGCCACCGUAAAUCUACCACGUAUUGAUCAAUUCCAACAUCCGAUUCCUAUUAAUCAAUCCACAUUAAAUCAUUCAUGGAUGAUCGAUUACAUUGAACAAUGGUAUCAGAAUGAUAAUUAUUAUUCAAUGGCUAGUGCAAUUUGUUUUCCAUCCAUCUGUAAUGAGAACGAAAUUAGACAAUUGUUGCUCUCUUAUUAUGAUUUUCUACAAACGAUGCAUUUCAAUGUCACGUAUUGUCAAUCGAAUGAUCAGCCACGGCAAUAUAAUUUUGGUCUUCGUCUUGCCUGGGCAAUUUUACUCACACCUUGGCUAUUGAUCAUACCUGCAACGAUUUUGGAAUUCAUUUUUGGUGACAAAAAUUAUUCAUAUCUCUACAAAAUUCUACUUUGUUUUUCGUUGAUCAAAAAUAAUCGUUUUUUGUUCCAAAUUCAGCCAACUAAAACAUCCACACAACGGCAAGAAUUUCGUUUUAUACAUGGUAUACGAGCGAUUGCUGCCAUUUUCAUAAUGUUUGCUCAUGCCGGUGGAUUAGUAUUGGUGCCAACAUUGAUGCCCGUUUCAGUCAUAUCACGAUUUCCAACCGAUGCAAUAGAGAUAUCGAAAAGUUUUAUUGCUCAACCAUUCUAUAAUGGUGCAUUAGUGGUGAUGACAUUUUUUGUCAUCAGUGGAUUUCUUUCCACAUAUCUAAGCGCUUCAUCGCAGAAACUUAAAGUUGAAUUCGUUCCAUAUGUCAUGUUACGAUGGAUUCGAUUAACACCGCCAUUGAUCGGUUUGAUCUGUUUGAAUAUAGGAUUAGAAGCGUUUGGUAACGGCCCGUUAUUUCAUCAUGAUAUUCUAUGGCCUACAUUGCGACCAUGUUAUGAGAAUUGGUGGAAACAUCUUCUCUAUUUUAGCAAUUAUAUUCCUGUAGAAGAUAUGUGUAAUAUAUCCACUUGGUAUUUAGCAGCGGAUCUACAGAUUCAUAUCAUUGCCUUUAUUCUAUUAGUAUUGUAUACACGAAGUCAACGAUUAACAAUGGCAACCUGUUGGAUUUUCGUAGCUAUCGGUAUUGUUGCGAUUAUCAUACCAAUUACGGCUGGAUUGGGCAAACAUCAUUUAAUACAAGUGAUUAUGUAUACAAGACACAGAUUUCCAAAUGGUUCGACAAUAUUUAUUUAUUUUGCCUGUUUCAUGCAAUUUAUACCAUAUUUUCUUGGCUGUGCUAUUGGAUUUGUUAUUCUUGAAAAUCGACCAAUCAAAUUUACCAAGUGGCAAGAGAUUCUAAUUUGGUCAUUUUCAACAUUAUUCCUGGUGACCAUACCGUUUGCAUCAUACAUUUUUGCAUCGAAUGAAAUGAAAAUAAGUGGUGAUGGAACUACAUUGAAUGCGAUUAAUUUUGCUAUAAUGGUAUUAUUAUGGUCAUUAUCGAACACAUGGCUUGUUUAUCAAUGUGCCAUCAAACCACGAAUGAUCAUAUCGAGUAUAUUAUCGGCCAAUUUUUUCAAACCAAUAUCACGGCUAUCAUUUUCAUUAUAUUUAUCGCAUUUGAUGACCAUUUGGUUUAUGGCACAUCAAGUACGUGAUCCAGUAUCGAUGGCCAAUUGGACCGAUAUACUUAAAGUGAUUAGCGCAACUUUACUUAGUGCCAUUAUAAUUGGUUAUUUUUUACAUUUAACAUUUGAAGCACCAACAAUUGGAUUAUUAUUGUUAUUCUUUAAGGAUAAAAAAUUAUUGAAAACAUUACGAUCGUUUGAUCAUCGAACAAAUUUCCUUAAAACUGGAUCAGUUUUAUCAAAAUUACGAUCAGGAAAAUCGCAAACAAAUGGUGAUGAAAUGGUCAAUAUGAAUAAAAAUCAACAAAUGCAAACAGUGUAGAAAAUGAA